CCCACUCUAAUUCUCCCAACCACGCAGCGCAUCCCUCGCCCACGCAUUGGCCAUGGCCGCGUCUCCAGAUGCCGUGCUACACAUCGUGGCGCUGCACACGCUGGCGCAAGCGGGAUUCGCGUCGACGUCGCGUGCAGCGUCCAUGACGUUGUCAUCAGCGCUCGCACGAUACCUCCAGACCAUUGCCGCAGCAUGUACCGAACGCGCCGCGCUGGCUGGACGCACCAAGGUCGCUGCUAUCGAUGUCGUCACAGCCCUCGAGGACAUGGGCGUCGGAGGAGUCGCCGAGCUCGAGGAGUGGACAGCAGAUCUCGACAAGGAGGUCGUCCUCACCGGUGGCAAGCUCGGCGAGCUGGGAGACUCUCUGCAAGAAGGACUCGGAGCUCCUGAGGAUGUCGAGCUGCGGUUCGUACCGGUCGACAGCGAUGCUGAGGACAACGAGGUCGCCGCGGAGGACGAGGACGACUCGGAUGAAGAAGAGGAGAGCGAGGACGAGCCGAUGGACGUGGACCCCAAGACGGAAGCUUCGUCGUCGGCACCCGUCAAGUCGGAAGCCGCUUCGCCGCUGCGAGUAUCGUACCGGCCACGAUCGCCCGACAUGUCCUGGCUCCCGCCAUUGCCGAGUGACACGGGCGGAUCAGUGUUCGACCCGACGAGCGCGCUGGCGCCCAUCGAAGCGGUCCCGGAAACACAGUCGGUUGCGGAUCGAUACCGGCGACCAGUGGCGUACAACGCAUCGCAGCUCGGAGUCUCACACGAGUUUGUUGACCCACCAAAACCGGCGACGAGGGCCCCACUCCCGCCCGCACCCUCGUCAUUCAACUCGCUCCUCAAGACAUACGAAGCAACGGCCACUGAGCCAUCUGUGGCCUUCCGCCAGGCUGACGGUCGACGACAGGCGGCUGAUCUUCUCCGGCUGACGGUUGCCAAUCCGGACGUGUUCAGCACGAAAGACUCGUUGGCACAGGCGCUCCCUCCACCACAAAUCACGCCGAUCGUGGCAGCGCAUUCGGAUAUCUUGCAGCAGACACUUCUCCCUGUCAACCCCAACCAGUCGGGCAUCAUCUCGUCGCUCAUCCGCCAAGUACGAUCACCUUUCCUACCGCCGAUGCUGCGCGAGCGCCUUACGUCCCUUCGUCCGCCACAAGUGCAAAACAACGACAACGGACCCAUCUUCUACGGCGACCCCGUGCGGGGACCCGACGAGGCGGCACUCGCAAAGUACCGCGGCAAGGUGACAGGCGAGGAGCAAGAAGUGUUCCUCCGCGCCACGUGGGACUCUGGACCCCGAGGCAAAGAGCGCUGGAUGGGCGGCAGCCUUCCCGAGGGCCGCAAGGUCAUUCGUCGCGUCAACGGCGAGACUGUCCCUCGCGAAUCGCAGGGUGCAAAGGAGAUGCGCGUCAAACUCAGCAAGAAGGCACCUGGCGUCGUCGACCCGCGAGGGCCGUCUCCGGGACCGUCGUCAGCACGGGCCCUGUCGCCGCUCCCCCCGGCUGGAGCCCCGUCACCAGCAGGACCUAUCAAGAUCCGCCUGGGUGGGCCAAAGACGCCCGUGGACGCUGGACCAGCGGGCUCUCCGCCUCGUCCCGGCGCGAACGGUGGCGGAGGUGCCCGGCCGAACGGCAACGGCUCGCACUACGGUUUCCCCGACAGCCAGCCAAUGGGCCGCUCAUCAUCAGCCGGCUCGAGUAACAGUGGACGCGGUGGCAGCCGGCCCAAGUCGCGUAGCGGGUCGCCCUCCAAGUGGGCCGGCUCGCCUGUGAAGCGGGAGAUGGUCGUGGAUUAGAGGUGGCGUGCGUGAAGUGGAGUGGCCAGUUUGUGGCCAUUGUCUGGCUAGUGUUUUGUGCGGCGCCGCGUCUUGCAGGCGUCCCUGUCUCCCCCACCCCUUCAUCACAUGUGUAUAAAGAUGGUGCUCGUCAACGAUGAUCUAUGUAGGUAGCAAGCAAUGCAUGUAUAGUAGGGUUUUA